AGCAGCAGCGGUGGGAGCCUGGGGCCCAGGAGACUCCCAGAGGAGCCAUGGAAGGCAGGAGCCGGAGUGCUGAGGAGCUGAGGCGGGCGGAAUUGGUGGAGAUCAUCGUGGAGACCGAGGCGCAGACCGGGGUCAGCGGCAUCAACGUCGCCGGCGGCGGCAAGGAGGGCAUCUUCGUCCGCGAACUGCGCGAGGACUCCCCGGCGGCGCGGAGUCUCAGCCUGCAGGAAGGGGACCAGCUGCUCAGCGCGCGCGUGUUCUUCGACAACUUCAAGUACGAGGAUGCGCUCCGCCUGCUGCAAUGCGCAGAGCCCUACAAAGUCUCCUUCUGCCUCAAGCGCACUGUGCCCACCGGGGACCUGGCACUGCGGCCCGGGACCGUGGCUGGCUACGAGAUCAAGGGCCCGCGGGCCAAAGUGGCCAAGCUGAACAUCCAGAGUCUGUCCCCUCUGAAGAAGAAGAAGCUGGCCAUGCCCGGGCCCCUGGGGGCCCCCGCUGACCUGGCCCCAGUUGACGUCGAAUUCUCCUUCCCUAAGUUCUCUCGACUCCGACGGGGCCUCAAAGCUGAGACCGUCCAGGGUCCCGUCACAGCUGCCCCGGCCCGCCGCCGCCUGCAGCUGCCCCGGCUCCGGGUCAGAGAAGUGACUGAGGAGACCCAGGUCGCCCGGCUGGCUGCGGCUGCCCCUCCCCGCAGAAAGGGCAAGGCGGAGGCGGAUGUGGCAGCGGGAGCCCUCUUCACAGCCCCCCAGGUGGAGCUCGUUGGGCCCCGGCUACCAGGGGCGGAGAUGGGGCUCCUCCAAGUCUUAGCCCCCAAGGCGCCGGCAGAGGCAGCCCCCUCAGCAGAGGCAGCCGGUGGCUUUGCCCUCCAUCUGCCAACCCUCCGGCUGGCAGCCCCAGCUGCACCUGCUGUGGAGCCCACAGCUGUGGGGGUCUCCGUCCCUCAAGUGGAGCUGCCCACCUUGCCCUCACUCCCUUCGCUGCCCACUCUCCCCUGCCUGGAGAGCCGAGAAGGUGCUGCGGCACUGACGGUGCCCACCCUGGAUGUGGCAGUGCCCACGGUGGGGGUGGACCUGGCCUUGCCUGGCGCAGAAGUGGAGGCCCGGGGCGAGGCACCCGAGGUAGCUCUGAAGAUGCCCCGUCUCACUUUCCCCCGCUUCGGGGCUCGGGCCAAAGAGGUUGCUGAAGGCAAGGCGGCCAAGGGGAGCCCCGAAGCCAGAGCCAAGGGGCCCAGACUUCGAAUGCCCACCUUUGGGCUCUCUCUCCUGGAGCCCCGGCCCGCUGCCCCUGAAGUGGAGAGCAAGUUGAAGCUGCCCACCAUCAAGAUGCCCUCCUUUGGCAUUGGGGUGUCAGGGCCUGAGGUCAAGGUGCCCAAGGCUCCGGAUGUGCAGCUCCCCAAAGUGUCCGAAAUCAAAGUGCCCGAGAUGGCCAUGCCCCACGUGCCACUGCCGGAGGUGCAGCUGCCGAAGGCUCCAGAAAUGAAGCUCCCCAAAGUGCCCGAGAUGGCCGUGCCCGACGUGCGUCUCCCAGCCGUGCAGUUGCCCAAAGUCCCGGAGAUGAAGCUCCCCAAGAUGCCCGAGAUGGCCGUGCCCGACGUGCACCUCCCGGAGGUGCAGCUGCCGAAGGUUCCAGAAAUGAAGAUGCCCGAGAUGAAGCUCCCCAAGAUGCCCGAGAUGGCCGUGCCCGAUGUGUCCCUCCUGGAGGUGCAGCUGCCCAAAGUCCCCGAGAUGAAGCUGCCCGAGAUGGCCAUGCCCGACGUGCACCUCCCAGUGGUGCAGCUGCCGAAGGUUCCAGAAAUGAAACUCCCGGAGAUGAAGCUCCCCAAGCUGCCCGAGAUGGCCGUGCCCGAUGUGCCCCUCCUGGAAGUGCAGCUGCCGAAGGUGUCGGAGAUGCGGCUGCCAGAAGUGCAAGUGCCCAAGGUCCCGGAUGUGCGGCUCCCCAAGGCCACCGAGGUGAAGCUGCCCAAGGUUCCCGAGGUGCAGCUCAAAGCGGCUGCGGCCGAGCCAGCCGAAUUUGCCUUUAAAAUGCCCAAGAUGACCAUGCCCAAGCUGUUGAGGCCAGGCUCCCCACCACAAGGCAAGGCAGUAGAGACAGGAGCUGAGGUCUCAGGGAAGUUGGUGACCCUUCCCUGUCUGCAGCCGGAAGGGAGCGGCGAGGUCCGGGGGGUUGCCCCAUCCCUCACUCUGCCCUCGGUGGAGAUAGACCUGCCAGGAGCCCUCAGCUUGGAGGGCCAGGUCUCAGCAGGCGCCUUACAGAAAGUGGAGCUGACCCGGGGCCCUGGUGUGGCAGCCGCGGUGGGGGAGGUGGGCUUCAGGGUGCCCUCAGUUGAGAUCGUCACUCCCCAGCUGCCUGCAGCGGAGGGCGUGGAACAAGCCCAGCGAGAGGUGGCAGAGACCAAAGGAAAGCCCUCCUCCAAGUUCUCCCUGCCCAAGUUUGGACUCUCGGGGGCCAAGGUGGCCAAGGGGGAGGCUGAGGGGGCUGCGCUAGCCACCAAGGUCAAAACGUCCAAGUUUGCCAUCUCCCUCCCCAAGGCUCGGCCUGGGACAGAGGCCGAGGCCAAAGGGGCAGGAGAGGUGGGCCUGCUGCCCGCCCUGGAUCUGUCCCUCCCCCAGCUCAGUCUGGACGCCCACCUGCCCUCGGUCAAGGUGGAAGGGGCCGACGUCGACGUCAAGCUCAGGGGCCCCAGGUUUGCCUUGCCCAAGUUUGGGGUCAGAGGCCGUGAUGUGGAGGCUGCAGAACUAGAACCGGGGGCGGCGGAGCUGGAGGCCAAGGGCUGGACUUGGGAUGGGAAGAUGAAGAUGCCCAAAUUGAAAAUGCCCUCCUUUGGGCUGGCUCGGGGGAAGGAGGCAGAUGUUCAGAGUGGGCGGGUCAGCCCAGGGGACAAGCUAGAGGCCACUGCCCGGCAACUUAAGCUCCCGGAGGUGGAGCUGGUCUCCCUGGGGGCCGAGGGGGAAGGGCGAGGCGAGGGGGCAGUGGCAGUGAGUGGGGUGAGGCUCUCUGGCCUGCAGGUCUCCACCAGCAGGCAGGUGGUCACAGAGGGCCAGGAGGGGGCACUGAGGAUGUCCCCGCUGGGCGUCUCCCUGCCCCAGGUGGAGCUGACUGGCUUUGGGGAGGCAGGGCUGGGUGCCACUUCGGGGCAGCAGAUCGAGGGGCCAGAGGGCACGCCAGGCUACAGGGUCCAGGUACCCCAGGUGGCCCUGUCCCUGCCUGGCGCUCAGAUGGCCAGUGGUGAGCUGUUUGUGGGCGAGGGCGUGUUCAAGAUGCCCUCUGUGACCGUGCCCCAGCUAGAGCUGGACGUGGGGCUGAGCCGAGAGGCCCAGGUGGGCGAGGUGGCCUCGGGUGAGGGCGGGCUGAGGCUGAAGAUGUCCACGUUGGGGGCUGGAGCCGGGCUGGGGGCCGAGGGGGCGGAGGAGCACUCCGCAGGGGCCGAGCGCACCUUCCGCCUGUCCCUGCCUGAGGUGGAGCUCUGGCCACCCGCCGUGGGCAGCCACGACGAGUACCAGGUGGCAGAGGGCGAGGGCGACACCGGGCACAAACUCAAGGUGCGACUGCCCCGGUUUGGCUUGGCCAGAGGCAAGGAGGCUGGCGAGGAGGGCGCAAGGGUCAAGAGUCCCAAACUCAGGCUGCCCCGUGUGGGCUUCAGCCAGGGCGAGGCGGCCGCCAGGGAGGGCUCCCCCAGCCCCGAGGAGGAAGAGGAAGAGGAGGAAGAGGGUGGUGGGGAGGGGGCCUCAGGCCGCCGAGGCCGAGGCCGGGUCCGCCUGCCCCGGGUUGGCCUGGCCGGCCCCUCCAAGGCCUCUAGAGGGCAGGAGGGCGAGGCCUCCCUCAAGUCCCCUGGUGGACAGAAGUCACCCAAGUUCCGAUUCCCCCGGGUGUCCCUCAGCCCCAAGGCCCAGAGCCGGGACCAGGAGGAGGGUGGCUUCAGAGUCCGCCUGCCCAGUGUGGGGUUCUCAGAGACAGGGGCUCCAGGCCCCGCCAGGAUGGAGGGGGCCCAGGCCGCGGCCGUCUGAAGCUCCUGGCAGAGGAGACCCACCUUGUUUCCCCCCACUCCCACCCCAUUCCCCCAAUCUGUCCUCUAUGUGAAAUAACUAGCACUAACCCUGACCAGGGCGGGAGGUGGGGCGACUGACCAGGGCAGG